GCCCUCGUGGACCAUCCGUUCGCCAUCAGUUCUUCGAUAAGUCCCCGUGAAAGAGCACCACCGAGUCCACCAUGUUCAAGCUCGCCGUUGUCGUUCUCGCCGCUUGUCUGGCCGGUGCCAGCGCCGGUCUCUUGGCCCCGGCGCCCCUUGCCUACUCCGCCCCGCUGACCUACGCUGCCCCGGUCUACAAGACCUACGCCGCCCCGGUCGCCCCCAUCUACAAGGCGCCUCUGGCCUACGCCGCACCGGCAGCUCCCAUCUACAAGGCGCCUCUGGCUUACGCCGCACCGGCACCGGCUCUGGCCUACGGCUCCUCCUCCGUCGUCAAGACCCACGCCUUCCUGUGAGAGGUGACCUGGGAGCCGAGAAAAUCUGGAAGCCCUGACCUUUUCGCUCGCCGUUAGCUGUUUACAUGUAUAU